AUGCUCGUCGUCUCGGUUGCGGCGGCGUGCGUCCUUCUCAAGCCUGGCGCCUUCUCGAGCGGUUUCGCUACGACCACCGCCGUCGUGUCGACGCAGCCACCAACUACUCGUCCGUCGAGCACGGCGACGGCGGUCACCUCGGUCACAGGAGGUUCGAGCGUCGUCGAAUCUUCUCCUGGCGCAUCGUCUGGCACUUCCUCUUCCUCGCCGACGGCUUCCUUUUCAGCCCCGGCGUCUUCUUCGAGCGAUGUCGACGACAAUUUCGACGGCGAGAACGCUCUCAAAGCCCUGGGCAUCAGCAGCUUCCUCGGCAACAACACGGGCGGAAUCGCGUCGUGGUACCACACCGACUCGUCGAAGGACAGCACGAACGGGCGAUCGUGGUGCGAGUUCCCCUACGACGACUCGGUACCCGGCUUUGCGCCCUCGCUCAAGACGAUGCUCUCGUCCUUUGCCGGCCACGCUCAGGCCGCCAAGACGGGCUUCUGCGGCCUGUGGGCAGACGUGUACUCGCCCAAGACGGGUACGACGACAAAGCUCAUGAUUGCCGACGCGUUCGACGAUGCCUGGGUCCUGACGCCAGCCUCGAUCGACGUCAUCUACGACUCGUUCGCCGACCUAUUCGGCUCGACGACCGACGACAAGAAGGACGUCGUCAAGGACGUGUCGUGGACCCUCACGGGCGAGCGCGACGACCGGUUCACGUACAAGGGCGUCGGCGUCGGCUAG